AUGGCCGUCAACGUCUCUGCCGAGCUCAGCCCUCCCAACGACUCCUACGUGGCCGCCCACUUCUCCCAGCACGUCUCCAUCGACGACAACAAGAUCACCAAGAUCGUCAUCGAUACGUGGCGCAACGCCUGCGCCGCGUACGUCGCCAAGGACUACGGGAUCACCUCGGUCAUCAUUGACGGCGUCCCCAUCGGUCCCACUCCCACCGGCAAGGCCGAGUGGAAGUUCGUCGUCUCGCGUCCCUACGUCAUCAUCGAGGAGUGGAGGGUCGACCAUUUCCGCAAGGGGCCAUUCAAGACAGAGAGGGGAAUGAAGGUCAAUGUCAGGGUGGAUAUCGGGUACAAGGAGACGAGCUCGCUCAAGGAUGGGAAGAGGGCGGUGUGGAGGGCGUACCCCGAGAUCAACAAUGAGCAGCGGGGCCAGCUCUUCGCUGCUAUUGAUGAUGCGAGACACGGGCGGCCGGCGGUCAGGCGCGAGUCGACCCUUACCUUCCCGGAUGGCUACCCCAGGUACCUGCUACAGCCUCUGGCUACCCAACGCAAUCUAGCCAGUCAGAUCAAGCUCUCAGCUACCCAGAAUCCUAAAUCAGAUCUGUUUUCGAAGAGGGUCCGGAAGCGUCCUUUGAGUGGGCUUGGUACUCUCAGCAGGCCCCUGCCCUGCUUCUACCGUCGUCCACACCUUCACAAUCCCAUUUCCCACAUACUCCACACCACAAUCAUCAUGUUCGUCAGCGUCAACGUCGCCGCCGAGCUCAGCGCUGCUAACGACUCCUACGUCGCCUCUCACUUCUCCAAGCACGUCCUCGUCGACGACGAUAAGAUCAUCAACAUCGUCAUUGAUACCUGGCGCAACGCCUGCGCCGCAUACGUGGCCAAGGGGUACGGAAUCACCUCGGUCAUCAUUGACGGCAUCCCCAUCGGCCCCGCCCCCACUGAGAAGGCCGAGUGGAAGUUCAUCAUCUCGCGCCCGUACGUCAUCGUUGAGGAGUGGAAGGUCGUCCCCAACCGCAAGGGCGCCUUCAAGACGAUGAGGGAGAUGAAGGUGAAUGUCAGGGUGGAUAUCGGGUACAAGGAGACGAGCUCGCUCAAGGAUGGGAAGAGGGCGGUGUGGAGGGCGUACCCCGAGAUCAACAAUGAGCAGCGGGGCCAGCUCUUCGCUGCUAUUGAUUAUGCGAGGCACGGGAGGCCGGCGGUCAGGCGCGAGUCGACCCUCACCAUCCCGGAUGGCUACCCCAGGGUCAUUUACAUAGCUUUAGGCAGAGAGUCAGCAUGCAACGUAGUCCUAGCGUCACUGCAGGUUGGAACAAAGGCCACUGCACCAAUCGAUGGUCACCGAGUGCACGCUAGUCAGCCUGUCAGGCGUCAGGAGCUCAGCGAUAUCGGCCGACUUCUACCCCUUACCUUCAGGCUUCGGGUGUUCCUCGGGCCUCCUCGGGCCUACACGCUCGGGUCUCGGGCCGUCGGGUCUCGCCAAGCAUCGGCCUGGCCCCUCAGGCCUCAUGUAUGGAUACUAUGGGUUCCGAGGACUGAUCAAGAGCGGAAUGACCGUGCGGACCAUGCGAGGAGCAGCUGGGGUCGGCCGACUCGGCCCGACGCCCUGACAGCCAGGUUGCUUCCGCCUUUAUCAGAUUAA